AAACUACUCAUCUCUCUCCACCAAAAUAUCACAACUAUUUACCAGAUAUGCAUUUCAUGAACGUACGGGGCUUGGGCAAACAAUUAAUGUUGGUCGAACAACUUAUCUGAGGGAUUCACGGUCCUUAUAGGAGAAGCGUUACAAAUCGUCCUACCUUCAUCGACGACUCCAGUUUAAUCUACAGCGGUAAAUAACAGUUUAUCGGCGACAAACUCCGGCCACAUCCAAAGUAUUUCCUUCUGUUUUCAAUUUUAAUUUUCGUUGUCAACAUGUCUUCCCCUUCUACACCUGUCAAGGGGAUUUUUUUAGUUUCGCGGGAAUUUAAUUUUGUAUCCAACUAAUGCCAACCCAACGGUCCAUGAAAUUGGAAUUUUUGUUGCUAUUCUAAUGAUGUGCACUGGCCAAACCUAUAGCAAUCUGCAAAUACUUCUAUCUCUUUUGCGGUAUGAUUGUGUAGAGUUGGUCAAUUGUACGAAUUGCCUCAAGAUUCCAUUUUUGCAUAGUUAUUAAGACAUGAUUAUAAGUUCUGUACUGUUGCUCUGCUUCUUAUCUCCAAAACUAGGGUUUGUUUGCUUGUCUAAUAUUUUUAUAAAUUGAAGGCAACUCUGUGGUAGUAAUCAUUUAAGCUGUAAAUGGAUGUUAAACCACCCGACCAAUACUAUCUGUAACCUCACCCUUAGUUGCGCUUAGUAUGCCACAAUUUUGAGCACAAAUUAAGAGAUGACAUAUUCAUUAGUACUGUUCUAGGCUGAAAAUACAGAUGGUUGCAAUUAUCUAUUGGUCUAGUAACAGCAGCCAUUCAAUUGCUGUUGUUACUAUCUUACAAAUUAAGUUAAAAUUAUAACAGAUUUUUAUAUCAAUUAUCGUAUCAUUUUUUUAUCAUAUAAUUUUUUUAUAAUUAUUUGAUAAAAGACAUUUGUCCCCAUACAUUUAUGUUAAAAUUCCUAACUUAAGUGAAAUAUAUUCAUGCUCUAAGUCACAUGUUUGUUUGCUUAAUCAUAUGCUUGGAAAAAAUCUGUGUGGCUUAUAACAAAAUGCCCCUCCAUGGAUUUGAAAAUAAUCUUCUUUUUGUCCUAUACAUUCUUAUGCUUGAACAAAUGUUGGUGUGUGACUUUGUUCAAAAGACGGAUAUAACAUACAGCCUCUUACAAAAAUUGUCAUCUUAACUUGUUCUAGAGUCCGGUAAUUUGUACUCCUUAAUUUAUUUGUGGUAGCACUGUUGCACAUGUCUUCCUUAUAGGUAUUGGAGGUUUCAUUUGUAUUUGUUGAACCUACACUUGUUUGGCCUACAAUGUGUUAGUGAUUCAGCCCAUGAAUGCUACUAAGUGCAAAAUUGAAUCCCUCUCCUCUCCUACUAGCUGCACAUCUUAUUACUCUUCCAACUCAUCCAGCGGUUCAAAUAACUACCAACUAUGUAUGGGCAACUACAAUCACCAUCAUAAAAAUUCCAAAUUUCUGCUCUUAUGUGCAGCAGAUGAACGAGAAAUUGCAGUGGACUUCUACUAUGGACUUCAACUUCAUCACCACGUAUGUUGACUGGAAGCAAACGAAAAAAUGGGACAAUCACAAGACAGAUGACCAGAAUUACGAUAUGCUUGCCACAUAUUUGAGGGAACAUUUUGAGAUGCAAGUCACCGGGGGCCAGUGCCAGUCAAGAUUGUAUAGGUGCAAGAAGAAGUGGAAUGUGUUUUCCAAUCUUCAUGGUUUGUCAUCUAAACCUGAGACUAGGAUUGGUUGGGACGAAGAAAGUAAUUGCUUCACGUCCAGCGACGAGUAUUGGGCCCAAAUGGAAGCGAUAUGCGACUAUAUAUUUGCAUUCCUUUCUUCUGCUCAUCCUCCAUUUGUAUACCCAACUUGCUCAACAUGAAAAAUGUGCUCAAUUGCUUAUGCUAAAGCUGUACAAAUAAACGUGCAUGCUUUGAAAUACUUAUUAUGAAUCCAACCACUCGGAGUAAUGUUUGAGGCUGCAAAAUGACCUGUUUCAGCUCUGGAUUCGAUAUUACAUCAACGUACAUUCCUCCUAAUAGUCAUAAAUUUACUGGUUGGCCAUUAACUAACUCAUUGGUAUUCAUUUUUUAGGUAAACAAAGACUACAAAGACUUCAAAGCUCCUAGAAGUUGCUUUCUAUAUAAUAUUUAUACUCAAACAACUUUGGGAAAAACUGCAGCAGGCAACUACGCGCAGUUUGCAAGUCAACAAGUGCCCGAGGAUGAACACUGACGGCCACUUGCUGGAAUGCUACAAAAGAGCAAAGGAAGGGUCCAGCCUCAACUUCGGCAGGCCCUAGCUACCAGCAUUACCCUUGGGAAUGAGAGGACGUAUACUACGUACCUCCAGUACUAGGAGCGGCAUCUGGAAAGCGUCCCCUCUCAAGUCUUGGCACUACUGGUGAUUGUGAGGGAUCUAGAGGUACUAAAUCAACAAGAUCGUCUAGUGAUAGGAAAAGACUAGAUGAUGCAAUCAGCAAAAUCUCUCACGUCAACACCGCUUCCAUGGAGACAAAGCACAGUUGGUAUGAAGAGGAAGCAAAAUACAGUGUAUCGGUAGUGCAGGACAUCGUGAAGCACAUACAACUUCCAAAAUCAGUUAAGUUGAAAGCGACAAUGUACUUUGCCCAAAGAAGAAAUGCGGGACAAAGAAUUGCAUUCGUAUGCUUUGAUGAAGCCGAGCGCUAUAAUUAUAUUCAACUCAUCAUGGAGGAGCUUGGCAGUGGCAAGCCCCCAGAGUGAGCGUUCAUGUUCAAAAUGUUAUUGGAGAAAAAGGCUGAACAGUGUUUGGGCUAGGCUAACUGUCAAAAUUGGACUUCUGUCAAUUUGUUUUAUAAUGUUAAAAAUUCAAUUCCUGGGCUGAACUUUACUUGCACUGCCUCUUGGUUGCUUCUUGACUUAAU